CUUUUAAUAAUCAGCAUCCCAGCUGCUUCUGCACGGUGGGACAACACGCCACUCAAAAGAGCCUCAGUCUAUUCCAUUCGCUUUUAUUUUGCACAGACGAAAGGAGGGGACUGGUCUGUGGCACCAUGCAAAGCUUCAUCGGGAUCCCGCACCUCUUAUCGGUCCUUCUGCUGCAGCUGGUACCUGCACAGAUUUCACACCCUCCAGAAGAUGGUCACUCAAGAGUGAUGACGUUCAAUGAGGUGUUGGCAAAGAGCAUGUGUCGGCCCAUGGAGCAGCUGGUGGACGUGGAGCAGGAGUACCCCGGAGAGGUGGAGUACAUCUACAUGCCCGCCUGUGUCCCACUUUGGCGCUGCUCUGGUUGCUGCAUGGAUGAGAACCUGGAAUGCCAAGCGUCCCUUAAAAGCAACAUCACCCUGGAGGUGAUGAGGAUCCAUCCCAUGAUAUCUAUGCACCAUGUUUUACUCACAUUUGUGGAGCAUCAGAGGUGUGAAUGCAGACUCCGUCAGAAGCAGCUGAACGAUAAAAGCAGCAGCGGAGAGUCUAUCAAGAACAGACCUCGGAGGAGGAGACGCAAGAAGACAGCAAACGGCUGCAGCAAGUGCCAGUUCCCUCAGAAAAAGAUCAAUCUUCACUGAUUCACAGUCAAUAGUUUAAUUUGGAGGAGGGACUCUGGAGUGGCGAACAACAGCUCGUCUGUGAAUCGAUCAUAUCUCCCACUAUUCAUCUUCUGCCUGUAUAUCUUUCCUCAUCCAAUCAAACAUAAGACGAUCCCUCUUCUUCAUGACAUUCUUUUUUCCUUUUUUGAUUAUUUAUCCAAUCAAACCACCAUAUCUGAAAACACCUCCGGCUCUAACUGCUUUUUUUAACGGACCAAAAUCGCUCUCAGUUUUACAUUUAUUUGUUUUAUUUUUAAAUCUAGUUGCCUUUGUUGGAGGCUUCAAAAACAGACAUAUGAUACAACAGAUUCAGAAUAGACCGGAGAUAAUGGGUGUAAUGCUGUAAGCUUAUCAGUUGCCAGGGGGAAGGAUUAAGACGUGUUCACUGAACAGAAACCUUCUCCAUGACUUCAUCUUCAUUGUGACUUUUUGCAGUGUGACUCCUGGUAAUUAUGUAUGAUACUCUCUGUAAAGUGUUAUCUACUGAUUUAUUGGUUCAUUAAAAUAAUUACAGUCCAAAU